AUGAACGUACGCCUGCGCGCCAACGAACCUGUGAGCAGACUGGCCGAACAGCUGAAAGCCGCUGGCGGAGCAUUGGCCGUCGCAGAGUUGGACUUCACGAAUUGCGUCGACGUCGACGUCCCGCAUCUGCUUCCAGUCAUCGCCGAAUGCAAGCAGCUGCAACGUCUGCGGUGCGCCGCCUGCGCCAUACCAUCGAGCGACGUGGUCCGGCUUGUGGUUCAGCAGCUACCACACCUUGUCGAGGUCGAGUUUUCUUGCCUUGGUAGAAGAGAUUCCUCGGGUGCCGAGAUUGAUCCCAUCGUACCGUCCGGGAACCCUCGAAGCGGCGGCGCUUCCAACCUGCGACGCGUAUACUGCGAAGUGGGCCGGGACAGCAAUUUCGCCCGACUGCGUGCCUUAAUGGAACACUCUCCAAAUGCGGCCCACUUACACGUGCACCUAUUGGGCGGCGAUUUCUGCAAGGCUGUUCGAGAAUGCCACACCCUCAUCGUGACGUGUACACGGCUGGAGACGUUCACCUUCACCUCGGAGCUGCCCUCGCCUUUUCAGAUCGAGCCGGUUGUUCCGCUCUUUUUCGCCAAGUUUGCCGCAGUCUGUGCAAACAUCAGGUACCACUGGUCGAAUAACCUCUGGAGUUGCCUUCGACUACAGGACCUCGUGGUUGACAGCGUUGAAAGAAGGUGUAUGCCAUUUCAAACUGUCCUGGUCGCUAUUCAGGAUCAGAAAACGCCGGACAGGAUUCUUUUGGCUAGCCAGAAGCACACGUGGCAACACGUGCGCCAGCUAUGCCUCGUGCUGUUGCCACCAAGCCAGACCUGCGUAUACCCAGCCGCAGGCGGCAGUUACCUCGAUUGUCUUCGCGUGUUCAGCGCAAGGCUGAGACACGUCGUGGAGGUUAACAUAAGCACGUUCCACUUCGCAACAGGCCUCGACGUGAGCGCACUGCUUCAAGAAGGCUCGCUGCAGUUCCUGCAGUCACUCUCGGCUCCCCCUUGCGGGUUUCGCUGCGUCUCGGCUCUGCGCCGUCUGUCGCUACACUGCCCUGACUUCAGGGAACUGGACGUGCGCUUCGAGACGAGGGGCAACUUGUCCCGGUGCGAGGGCUGCGAGGAUGAAAGCUCGCUUGUCGCCGAAUUUCGCAAUUGCACCGGUCCCGCCUUUCCGAAUGGACUUGCGAUGUUGACCUUGUGCUACGUUCGAGACGUUAUGUGCCGGUGGUUGAUCGAAUGCUGCUGCCCAAUGGCCACACUGCGAUUGUCAUAUUGCCCUUCGAAGUUGGACUUCGGGCGUCUGUGUAGCACUCUCGCCGACAGCACCGGGACGAGCUGCUUCAUUUUACAGCACCACAUAUUUCGGUUGGACGACGUGGAUUUGCCUACCAACGUGCGCCGCUUGGCUGAUCUCCGGUACCUGUACCUUUUAUUGGAAACUCCUCUUUCACCCAAUGCGGCAUUGCUUGCCGUAACCAAUGCCUGCCAGAGCCUACCACAGCUGAAGUGCCUGCACGUUCACUACCCGGACGUCACUGACCCUGCGAUUCUUAAGACUAUCACGUGGCUACGAGGACUUCGAGGGGUACAGGGUGAUUAUCGCGUGGUUCAAGAUGGCCCCUGCUUCCAAGCUUGUUCGACAGCUACGUUCAUCGGACUUAUAAAGCCGCUGAACCGUCACAUUCAGCCGAUGCUGUAACUUGAAGCCGCGAUACUUUUAUGAAUGACACGCAAAAAGUUUGCUGUAGAUAGUAUCACGUUAUCGUUUCUUACGUUUUACAUGUGCACUAAUAAAGGAUCCAGACUGCGUAC